AAUCCUAAUGCACGCGCGCACUCACUCGUCAUAAACACCGACGCGUGUACGAACUCCCACGCCCUUUCAGUUCCGAACGUUUGCAAAGAUUUGGCUACGAAUAUCGACGCAACUGUGGCAUAGCGAAUUCUCUCAGUGACGUCACGAGCUAUGCGGUGACGCAGGAGAGGGAUUCCGGUGCAUCCAUACACCUCCCCCUCCCCCUCGCCCCCUCUCGUGAUGCAUUAGGCGCUCCUCUGGUCUCGGAAGAGGGCGCAAGAUGGGCGUAAGUGUGAGGGCCGGCAAGCGACACAGCACCACCAGGAUGAAGUAUGUUUACAGCAACAGGCCAUCCAAGGUCAUCCACGUGCAGGAGAGCCUGGCGGAGGUGUUCCGAUGUUUCAUUUGCAUGGAGAAGCUGCAGGACGCGCACCUGUGUCCGCACUGCUCCAAACUAUGCUGCUACCUGUGCAUCCGGCGGUGGCUGACGGAGCAGCGGCCGCAGUGCCCGCACUGCCGCGCCAACCUCCACCUGCACGAGCUGGUCAACUGCCGAUGGGUCGAGGAGGUCACGCAGCAGCUGGACACGCUGCAGCAGGCAGGGGUCCGCCCGCCGCCGCCGGACACCGAGAAAUACAGGUGCGACAGCCACCAAGAGAAGUUAAGUGUGUACUGUUGGACCUGUGGCAAAUGCAUCUGUCACCAGUGCGCACUCUGGGGUGGGACGCACUCUGGCCACACCUUCAAGCCGCUAGAGGAGGUCUACGAGCAACACAUCACACAGAUCAGGGAGGAGGUCGCCCAGUUGCGAAGGAGGUUACACGAGCUGGUGUCCCUUGUCCAGGAAGUGGAGAGGAACGUGGAGUCAGUGCGAGCAGCAAAGGACGAGCGUGUUCGGGAGAUUCGCAACGCCGUUGAACUUAUGAUCGCUCGGCUUGACUCUCAGCUCAAGUCGAAGUUGCUCACACUCAUGGGACAGAAGAACUCUCUCACACAGGAAACAGAGCAGCUAGAGUCCUUGCUGCAGGAGAUUGAGCACCAGUUGCACACUUGUUCAAAGUCAGAGUUGAUACAGCGCUCACCAGAUCUCCACUCUAUGAUCAUGCCAGUCAACAAGAAACCAAUGGCUUCCUUUGUCACAGCUCCAGUACCUGCGGAUUUUCAGAGCGAAAUUGUGCCCCAGUAUGACAGCAGUACCUUUGUCAUGAACAAUUUUUCACAGCUGCAACACAAAGCUGAUCCUGUAUACUCCCCUCCCCUCCAUGUCAAUGGUCUCUCAUGGAGGCUAAAGGUUUAUCCAGAUGGUAAUGGGGUUGUUAGAGGAAAUUACCUCUCUGUCUUCCUAGAACUUAGUGCAGGGCUCCCUGAAACUUCCAAAUACGAAUAUAGAGUAGAAAUGAUUCACCAGGGCUCUAGAGAUGCUAGUAAAAAUAUUGUUCGAGAAUUUGCCUCGGACUUUGAAGUGGGCGAAUGCUGGGGUUAUAAUAGGUUCUUUAGGCUCGACCUUCUAGCCAGUGAAGGUUACCUAAAUACAGAGACAGAUACGCUUAUUUUACGGUUCCAGGUUCGUCCGCCUACCUUCUUCCAGAAAUGCCGGGACCAACAGUGGUAUAUUCAUCAGCUCCAAACUCUCCAAGCUCAAUAUAUUCAACAGAUUAAUAAUUUAAAGGAGAGAAUAGCAAUUGAAUUGUCCCGAAAUUCAGUUGCAAGUAGCAAAAGUGUAGGCAACCCUGAUGGCCUGCCACAUGUGGAGCGACCCCAAACCUCAUCCCCAAAGCCCAACAACAUCAACAUCCAUCCACACCACCCUCAUCCUCUGCCACAGACCAAACCCCAGCGCUCACACCACAUCAACAAGAGUGUUGAGCCUGUUGAAUUGGAGGCAGAGAGACAGUCCACGAGCUCCUCUGAUACUGAGGACCUGAGUGAGGGAGAAUUGAAUGACCAAGAAGAGGGACCAGACCACAGUAUUGCCACUGCCGAAUAUGCUAGCAACACAUUCUGCUGCAUCCUCUCUCCUUGCUAGUCUCCAUGAAGCUUCAGCACUUCAUGACCGGCCCAUUCUAAACCAUGGCCGAUCUCACAACACCAACUUCUUGUCUGAUUUGGAUUCGUUGACAGAGCAGCUAGGGGCGGUUGGCAGCAUACAGCCCGACUUGAGCUCACCCCAAGGUGAUGAGAUGAUGCUGCUUCACCUUCUGGAGAUGCAGGGUCGAGGGGGCCCUGACCAUCGCCGGCCCUGGAAUAAGCCGUGCCUUGGUGGCAUUAGCUCAAGGCACAAGUCAAACCGCAUGGUUCGGAAGCCCCUCCUCCCCAUUGCCUCAAGUGUCCUAGACACACUGCAGCUCGACAUGGCAACUCUUCUCCAGUCAAAUCUUCCAGCGCAUUCCGGAAUCUCGUCCCUGCAAGCACACACAGGUGGGCUUCCAGACCAUGACCGCCCAGUCAUGCAGCAUCCACAGCACCUCAAUAAUACAAGUCCGCCUACGAAGAGUGGAUACAGGCCACCUUUGGCUCCACGGCCUUCUUUGUACACUCAUCAAUUAGCAGAGGAGGCAAAGAAGGAAGCCCAGUCAGCAUCUAAUGUUGCAGAUAAGGAUUUGAGUGAGUCAUCAAUGUGUGACUUGUCGCUGGAUCCUGUGUCACUGUCGGACAUGACACUAGAAGAGGGCCCUCUCUCAGUUGUUGAGGAACCAGAGUCUUUAGGAGCUUCAGGUGCAGCGGCAGCAGCACCCGUGACUGCAUCCUCAGCUGCAUCGGUGGCAGUGUCGGGGGGAGUAGUACCAGCCGCACCUGGUGACAGCGCAGUUAGCAGUGACAACACCAGCGGCAAUGUCAGCGACGGCGGAACAGAGAAAAGAUAUCUAGAACAGGUGAUCCUUCACAUUCUAACUGGGCUGAUGAGAAUUACCUGCAAAAUGGCGGAAACCAAAGGAAGUGAAAAAGCGGGCUGGGCAGCAGCUGCCAGUCUCCCGUUUACCCUUGGCUUCAAAAUACCCGCAGAGAAGCAUACCCAAGAUAAAGCUCAGGACAAGAAUAGGGAUAAAGAAGACAGGAGACCCACCAAGGAUGACAAAUGAGAAGAAGACAUAAAAGAGCCACUGUCUGUGGCUGCAAGUUGGAGAGAAGGGAAAAUGGUUGGGAUGGUUUAAACCAAAGUUAAUUUUAUGGCCAAAUUUGAAGCAGAAAAGAAGAGAGAGAAUUUGAACUUGAAUUUUGUUGUAGAUUAUAUAUGAAUUUUAAGUUGGGAAAAGUAAUUUUAAGUGAAUAAACUGCAGGUAUGCAGAUUAUUUAAUAUUUGUUACUGUUGUAUCUUUUUUCCACUGAAGACCAAAACUCCUAGAAAAAUGUUGAGGUGCCAAAUGCCCUAACUUGCAAUGCUGUGCUGCAAGUUAGAAGCAUAGGCAAAAUCCUGCAAGAUGUAAAGAAUAAAAUUCAUCAACUGUUGAAAAUUGCUGAAAGCUAGAGAGUUGUCAGCAAGCAUCCAGUAGUAAUUCAUAAUUACAACUUUAUGAUGUUUGUGAAGAAAAGUCACAGCCAAAGUUUAGUUUACUGUUUUUUAAAUAUCAAUUAUGAUUCAAGUGUUUCCAAUUGUUAGAUUGUGUUGGUUGGUUUUAUAUCAAGGGUUUAUUCUGUGAAGUAAUGUGGAGUCAUAAUUAUUUCCCAGUGAUGCAUUAACAGAAAUAAAAAUAGAAGUUAGUGUAAACUUUGAAGUAAUGAAUUGUUAAGCAGUCUUGUUCCCUUUUCUCCUGGAUAGAACACGUGUAUUCAUACUAAAGAACCCAGUGCAUCUGGCUUUGCUCAUGAAAAGGAUGAUGGUUUUCGUCCUCAUUUUUAGACAGAUUACACAGAAAACUUUUACCCCUCAAGUUAUUUUUAACUGAAGGGAAGAAUUACCAUGGUAGCAUUGAUGUGUAGGACAUCAGUGUCUCUCAACUAUUUUGUAUGUAGUAGAUAUUUUACCUGAGAAUUAAUACGAUAUAGAAGGCCAUCUUCUGUUAGGAAAAUGUAUGUUCAUGGCUAAUUGUUGUUAAUACUGUUCAAGUAUAUAUUUUUAGUCAGAAUGUGAGAAGUGACUGUGUACAUGGUAAAGUGAGAAUACAUGGUGUUGUGCAAGAGACCGGAGAAAGUAAAGUAAUUGAUAUUUUUAUUCUGAACACUGCAUUUUAAAGUAAAAAAAAAUUGUGACAUUUAGUCUAGCACUUUGCAGUUCAGUAAAUGCAUUUGUGUGGAAUUUAGAAGUAGAAUUAUAUGUAUCCAGUUAAUUGCAUUUUACACAAACAAAAUUGAACCUCUCCAACUGAAUUAACUUGAAAUGGGUCUGAAAAGCUGGAAAGUGUUACAGAGAUAUUUAUAUGUGAAUGUUGGUGCUCUGAGCUGGACUUGGUAAAGAAAGUGUUAUUCUGUAAAAUAUGUAAUAUAUUAAUAUAUUAAGAAAACUAAAGCAACCCUUCAAAUUUUGCACUAGAAUGGUUGCUGCCUUUACUAAUGUUUGAAAAGAAAAAUUACACCUGCAAUUUACCAUCACCUCCAAUGGUCCAUUUCAUAUGACUGAGUAUGAAAUAGAUAACUUGUAUGGUUAUAAAUGAAGUCACCGGAAAUACUGAAGAGGAAUACUAAGGCAACUAUAGUGCUAACAUGGGGGAAUUUCUCCAUAUGAUUUCUAGUGAGUCACCAAAUCAAGGCUAAAGGUGUAAAGGCAUUAUAGCUUUGUUUAUAUUUAACUUCUUAUUGGAGGUCAGAAUCUUUCAGUUAGUCUCUAUGCAGGAAGUGGAAUAUGAUAUAGGGGCUCUCUGUCUAACUUGUAUUAUUUUGAAUCUUUUUAUAUGAUGGAUUACAAAACCUGAUGUUACUCAGAUGUAUUCAUAAAUAGAAUACAUUAAAAGCUGUAUGAUUAUUUCCAUUUCAUAAAUCAUAUAUUUUUUUCAUAAAAAUUGCAUUAUUUUUCCAUGAGGAUGUACAAAUGCCUUAUAGAUACUGCUAUGUUGAUUUGAUGUCUUUUGUACCAGAAGGAUUUCUUAUUUAUUUUACAGACAUCUUAGAAUAAAGAGAUUUACAA